UCAUUGCUUAAGAACAGCCAGACAGCAUGACCCCCGUCUGCCGGUAGUUAAGACUCCUAAGACCCUGAAAAUGUGGCUCUUGGAGCUCUUAAGCAUCCAACCUCAGCUGGCAUUGGUCCUGGCUCUGAUUCAGACGGGCCCCCACUCCCUGCGGUACUUCCUCACCGCCAUCUCGCCGCCCGGCGGCGGGGAGCCCCGCUUCAUCACCGUGGGCUACGUGGACGACACGCAGUUCGUGCACUUCGACAGCGACUCGGCGAGUCCGAGGGCCGAGCCGCGGGCGCCGUGGGCGGAGCAGGAGGGACCCGAGUACUGGGAGGAGCAGACGCUGCUAGCCAAGGACGCCGCAAAGAAUUACCGGCUGAGCCUGAGCAACCUGCGCGGCUACUACAACCAGAGCGAGGCGGACUCUCACACCCUCCAGAGGAUGUCCGGCUGCGACGUGGGGUCCGACGGGCGCCUCCUGCGCGGGUACGAACAAUCCGCCUACGACGGCGCCGACUACCUCGCCCUGAACGAGGACCUGCGCUCCUGGACGGCGGCGGCGGGCACGCAGGCUUGGAGAAGCCAGCGCAAGUGGGAGCAGGAGGGUCAGGCUGAGCACCACAGGAACUACCUGGAGAACAUCUGCGUGCCUUCGCUCCGUAGAUACCUGGAGCACGGGAAGGACACGCUGCUGCGCAAAGAAGCCCCCAGAAGACACAUCACCUGCCACCCCUUCUCUAACCGGGAGGUCACCCUGAGGUGCUGGGCCCUGGGCUUCUACCCUGCCGAGAUCACCCUGACCUGGCAGCGUGAUGGGGAGGACCUGACCCAGGACACAGAGCUGGUGGAGACCAGGCCCUCAGGGGAUGGAACCUUCCAGAAGUGGGCGGCUGUGGUGGUGCCUUCUGGAGAGGAGCAGAGAUACACGUGCCGUGUGGAGCACCAGGGGCUGCCGGAGCCUGUCACCCUGAGAUGGGAGCCCCCUUCUCAGCCCACCAUCCUCACUGUGGGCCUAGUUCUCCUCGGGGCUGUGGCUUUUGGAGCUGUGGUGAGAGCUGUGAUCUGCAGGAAGAAGCGCUCAGGUGAGGAAGGAGUACAGUACACUCAGGCUGCAAACAGCAACAGUGCCCAGGGCUCUGAUAAGUCUCUCAAGAACCCUAGAGUGUGAGACAGCUGCCCCGCUGGGUUUUUCACAUCCCAGUGUUGUGAGUCAAGAACUGCUGAUUCUCUUUCUGCCCUGGGACUUGAGAGUGUCUGUGUCCUGUCACAUACUGUGAGGGGGGAGACUGGCCCACCCCUGCCCACUGGGCCCUCCACACUGACCUUCAUUCUCUCCCUGAUGCUCUGGGCUGUGCCAGCAGAGACAGGACUCAGCCGUCUCCAUCUGUGUUAGCUUCUUGUUUUCAUGAAUAGUGUUUCUCCCUUACUGAAAUCAGCAUCUGAUUUGCAUUUUUCUAUUUCCAUUUUUGUGGGAUUGAGGGGUUCAUAAAGGGAGCAGCGAGGGCUUCUGUGCUGGUCAGUCUAGGCUCAGGCCUGGGUCUGCUCCUCAGUCCCAUCUGGGUGUUUGUUUGUUGCUUCUGUGCAGGAGGUUGCCUGUUCUCUUGUACACAUAUUCACAGCUCAUUCUCUCAGUGUGUGUCCCCAUCUCUGACCCUCAGGAGGCAUUUGCCUCUCACUGUCCCCUCAAGGCCCAGCAUGGCCCCUGCACACAGGAGUCUCUGUGGUUUCAAGAUAUGAGUGUUCAUAUGAUCAUAGAAAAUGUGA